AUUCACUCAAAAUUCUCUUUUUUCCUUUUAACUGUCAACAAGAUCUGCAUAAAGUUACUUUUACUCACAGCUUUAACAACAUAUACAGUGACCUCUUUACAUGUUACUUCAUUCACGAAAAAACCCGUCAGUAGCUUGGAGUUUCCAACAAGUUGCAAAGAUGUCCAGUACCAUGGUCACAACGUCACUGGUUUCUAUUUUAUCCAACCCACGAAUGCCCCAGAACCAUUUUUAGUUUUAUGCAAUAUGAACAGUUCAGGAGGGGGCUGGACCACCAUUCUUAAUAGAGUCGACGGCUCCCAAAGUUUUUACAUGAACUGGGACAGCUAUAAGCACGGAUUUGGCAAUCUGGGUGGAGAGUUUUGGCUGGGUUUGGAAAAAAUUUACUACUUGACAAGAUAUGAAGUUAACGAAAUGCUUUUUGAACUUGUGGACUGGGAAAAUGGGCAAGAAGAUGCUCAUUAUGACUAUUUUAGUAUUGGUAGUGAGGAAGAGAAAUAUAUUUUAAAAUUAGUAGGGGGAUUCACUGGGUCAGUUGGUGACGGUUUCACUGAUCAGGCAGGCAUGAAAUUUAGCACCCCAGAUAAAGAUCGAGACGUAAUAGAGACUAAUUGUGCUGCCAUUGCUAAGGGAGGUUGGUGGUUUCGGAGCUGUAAAUUGGCGAAUCCUACAGGCCUGUACAUAGUGGGUGGUAAUAUGUCUGAUGACCUCUCCGGAAUAACGUGGUACCCAUGGCAUGGAAGCCACUACAGUCUUAAAGAAGUAAGAAUGAUGAUUCGACCAAAAGAGUGAAAAUAUUUUGUACAAUAAACUAAUUUCCAAAAAUGCUGUUUACUAAUAAAAAAUUUCUAUUGUUGACGAAAACAACGAAAAAAACAUCA